AUGAGGUGGUUCAACGGCUUGAAGACGAACUCCAUAAAUUCCUAUAAGCAGCUUACCCAAGCCUUUGGCUCUCGUUUCAUUACGAAUAGUAGGGCUCCUCGGCCUUUAAGCUUGUUGUUGUCAUUGUCCAUGCGUGAGGGAGAAACUCUAAAAGCAUACUCGGACAGAUAUUGGGAAAUGUACAAUGAGAUGGAUGAAAACUUUGAUGAUGUCUCCAUUAGCACUUUUAAAAGCGGUCUCCCAACCGAGCACGGCUUGAGGAAAUCCUUGACUAGUAAGCUUGUCACCAGUGUACGUCAACUUAUGGACCGGAUUGACAAAUACAAAAGGGUGGAAGAGGACCAGCUAGAACUAGUACAUCAAGUUUUGGAGAAAAUCAAGAACGAGCCAUUCUUCAAGUGGCCGAAUAAGAUGGCUGGAGACUCCAUAAAGCGCAAUCGGAGUCUGUAUUGUCAAUACCACCAAGAACACGAAUAUACUACAGAAGAUUGCAGGAACCUUUGGAACCACCUUGAUCAGUUGGUUCGAGAAGGGAAACUGAGGCACCUCUUGCAUCCUUCCAGUGGUCAUCAAGGCCAGGAAGAUGAUCAUGCCAAAGGGCCAGAUUAG